CGCCUCUUGGCCGGUGGCCUAAGAGCCAGUGGCAUUCAGCCAAGUCAAGCUGUGUAAUGUCUUCUCCUGUUUACUUCGUUUCUUUGCUUACCUACUGAGAAUUUAAUCGCAUUUUUUUAACAUUUCCACCCUCUAGUUAGAAUUUUGUAAUAAGUAGUGUUGAUCACUAUUCUUUUCAUCAUCCCGAAUCGUGUUUGUGUAGCAAGUCUGCGGUGUGCCAGUUCCACGGAAUGGUGUCUGUGUCACCACCAGAAACAACGCGACAUCAUUACCGGUCUCCUCCACUGAAAUCAGCCAGCGUUGAAUCAGAGAAAUUGUGUUCUUCGCAAUGGUUGGACUGACUUGAUCAUCAACUGUUUUUGCAGAACCGGCGUCGCUACGCGUUGUGACGGAAAGAGGCUAGACCUUGGGGACGCGGUCCUGGGGUCCAACAUUGGGUGGUCCUGUGGACUAGUCCGUUUGCGUGAUGACGAUUUGCAUAGAUGUCGGCCUUACCACGGACACCUCGACGAUCGACCUGGUGUUCCCGAACGGAAUCGCCAAAGGCGGUAGGGUAAGAUUGAAUCUGUUACGGCCAGUGGCUUGCGAUGCCGACCUAGAAGCCUACGCCCAACAAGCGUCAAGCCACAACGCAGCCAACAUCCGUGAAACAAGAAGCCGCACUAGGAAGACGCGCGUUCUCCAAAGGGUGCGAAUUUCCUCGGGAGCUGAGCCAUGCGACACUGACCCGAAGCACGCUUCCCAAGCGGAGAGCCGUUCCCUCGACCAGGUCAGCUCACGAAAAGAGCCAGAAGACUCGGAUUCUGAAGGUUUCAACGCUCUGUCGGAUGGUGGAGUUGCGUCAUCUUGCCCUUCCUCCCCGGGCACGGCUCCUUCACAGGGGCAAGCCACCCGACUCAUAUCGAGUGGCGCCACCGUGACAGAGUCGUGGUUACGAGAUAAAAUACAGGAACCACCGGCGAAUGGGAACCCAGUGCCCGCACCGGCGCCCGCGGAGGGACAAGCCCCGACAGACAGCGGUCCCACCUCCGAAAGCGCAGGUUCGCCACAAAAAGAUGAUCCAAGAGCGAGUCUGAUUCCAGUAGUUCACCCGGCAACGGUGGCCCAGGCUGAGAAGCUGCCGCUGGAAUCACGAGAAGCAUUCAUUGCUUCAGCAGCAAAGGUGCUCUUUAGGUGCCUCGAGUGCUCGCAUUCAACUUUUGACAAGGCCGAGGCUCUCAGCCACCUGGCCGAGCACACUGCUUCUAAAAAAGCGAAGCCAGUCGACUCCCCGGACGACGAAACCCAGGAGUCGCAAGACCCUCCGGACCCGAAGGCCUCGUUGGAAUCCUCGCCGCAGAAACGUUCGGCAAAGAAGCCAGCAAAGAAGCUGGCAAAGAAGCCGGCAAAGAAGCCGGCAAAGAAGCCGACAAAGAGAACACGGUAUCGAUCGGACAGCCCAGAGUCGGAUAUAGCCGACACCCCUCCGUCAUCUCCCGACCCACCUCGGGCUAAAAAGAAGAGUGCAAAAAGUUUGGCCCCAAAGAAGAGGGUGACGAAGAAGACAGGAGACGAGCGUUUUGAGUGCGACCAGUGUCAUCGCACCUUCUCGUCCAAGAGCAAUCUGCGUACGCACCAGAAAGACCUCCACUCGUCCAUCACCUACGCGUGCGACCUCUGCCCCAUGGUCACCAACUCCCGGCACUCCCUGCGCCAGCACGUCAACACCAUUCACCAGCGGACGACUGUGGCCACAGAGUGCGAGCACUGCAAGAAACGCUUCGCCUCGAAAGCGCAGCUCCAGCGUCACACGGCCGUGAUGCACAUGGGCGAUGGAGCCUGUCUGGCGGAGGGAACGAACCCGUUCCCGUCGCUCAAGGUCUUCCGUUGCAAGGAGUGUCCGCACGUGACCUUCAGCCCGUACCGUAGCAAGGCCCACGCCGUCACGCACACGGGGGUCAUGCCCUUCCAGUGCUCGCAGUGCGACAAGUCCUUCGUGUUCCGCGACGUGCUCAACCGGCACGUCUUGCUGAAGCACAACGACGGUAAGGAGAAGCGCUGCCCGCAUUGCAAGCGCCGUUUCGUCUCGGACAGCCGCUACAAGGUGCACAUCCGGUUGCACGAGAGGAACGGCGGAUUUGUGUGCAAGGAGUGCGGGCAGCUGUUCGAGUCCAAGGGCUUUCUCGAUUACCACGCGCAACGACAUUCAACCAACGAGGAACCCAGCACGUGUCAAGUCUGCGGCAUGACCUUUAAGAAUGUCCGUGCAAAGGCCAUCCACACCAACCACCGGCACCCCGAAGCAUCCUCGUCAUCUUCCCUGGCAAUUGUGCGGUCCAUGAAUUACCCCCAUGGCUGUGACCAGUGCCCCGUGCGGUUCAAGACCGUGGUAGAGCUGCAGGCCCACCAGACCUACAACCACUCUCCCAACCUGGGCUCGGCUUCCAACGCUUCGUCUGCACCCCCUAAAGACCGGUUCAAGUGCACUAUCUGCCAAAAGGGCUUCCCGUGGAGCUUCAGCCUGCGCUUGCACAUGCGCACGCACACCGGAGAGCGCCCUUUUGUGUGCCAGUACUGCAACAAGACCUUUAACGUGCAUAAAGCCCUCAAGCAGCACAUUAUGUCCAUGCACACCAAGGACUUCAAGCUCCACUGCCUCCUGUGUGGGCGGGGCGUCGUGAACAACACCAAGCUGAAGCAGCACCUGAGGCAGUCCCACAAGGCGGUUGAGAAGCCCUCGUUACCCGCGCCACUCAGGAACAAGGCUCAGGGAAAGCCAAGGGCGGGAAAAGUUCCGCCACAAAGCGUGCAGCAGCACCAAGUUCAGCAGCAGCAGCAGCAGCAGCAGCAGCAGCAACAACAGCAGCAACAGCAGCAACAGCAGCAACAGCAGCAGCAGCAGCUCCAAGUUCAUCAGCAGCAGCACCAGGUUCAUCAGCAGCAUCACCAAGUCCAUCAGCAGCAGCACCAUUUUCAUCCACAUCAGCAUCAACUCCACCAGCAUCUCCAGAGACGAGUUCAGCAGGUUCACGAGAUGACCCCCAUAGGGCACGUUCAGCACCAAGGGUUCAUGGAAGAACAAGAGGUGGCGACGGCUGCAGAAGCUGCCAUGGCAGUCGAAGACCCCAUCAGGCUUCUCACUUCGUUUUAUUGAUUUUGUUCAGAGUGCUACAGGCUGGUGUGAAUGUGCGCAUUCGGUGAGCUAUGGAGCUUUUAGUUUUACACGAGCUCCACUUCACGACUUGCAACUCGUGUCUGUGAGGAGUAAUGGAAGUCAUUUUUUUAAUGGCGGCCAGACAGAUGGGGAUUUGCUUGACGUUGGUGUGUUCUGGUUGCUUUGACAGCAUUCUUAAGUUAAGGAUAUCCUAAAUCAAGAAUUUGAAGACCGUAACUUUAAGGGGGGAUUGCAUUUACUCGAAUCUAAUUUAACAUCCUUGUGUGUAGAGCUUGGACAUAUUUUUGUUGUGUCGCAUGCAGAGAUUCAAUAAGAGUGAUUUAGAGGAGACUAACAGAUGAGAAAACAGAUCAUUUUUAGACUUAAAAUUGUGUAGAUUUCACUGUUUGGUUCAAAUGAGAUCUAUUUCCCAUCAUUUGCUGUUCUUCCAUAAGUCACCAUGAUUGGCUCUUCACAUGCUGUGCAAAGAAGUAGAUGUUCAUGUUUUGCUCAAUGAAGGGCAAUAUUAGGUUCGGGUAAAUGAGGUGCUUUAGAGAAAUGAUCGAUGCACUUUCUUCUGUGCUUAUAAAUCCCAUCUACAAAUUGUGAGGAGGUGUCAUGACAGCUGCUGGGCUCUCCUGUAUAUUUAUUCAAAAACACCAAACUACAAAGCUCUGUAUUAAGCACGCAACACUGUUCCUUGCUUUUUUCAGCCAUCACUGAUUUUAUCAGUGCGACUUGUGAAACAAAUUUUUGCUUUGAGUGCCUAUUCUCAAUUUCUGAACUGCAGGUAUUCUGGAGAUUUAGUUUGCUUGUGUUGCUUUGUGAUUAUUUUCACUUCCACUGUUUUCAUGUAACAAUUAUUUGUUAUUCACUUUUUUAUAGUAACUGCUAACUUUAAGCUUGGUAAAAGCACAUCAAACUUAGAAGUGCUGUAAACAAAGAAUCCUAACAUAAAGCUCACUGAACAUACAUAUGUUGACAAUUUUUACAAAUCUAGUUUGCCUUUUUUUUUAUAUAUAUAUGUGGACUGUAGCUGCAGGAGCAAAGUUUUGAUUUUAAUUAAUCUGAACUUCGUAUAUAUAAGUGUUUCUGAUUCCAAAAGUGUGCCCAACACUACCUGUGAAAAUUGAUAUUUAUCUUCGACCAUGUAGUCAUAAUCCAACCUCAACAUUUGAUGGUGCCAUUAAAGCUGGAUAGUGGCUGGACAAAUG